CAGCGCUUGCUCAGACUAACGCAGCUCCAACAUGGCGGCGUUCUGAGUUUUGGAGGAGGGACCUGGGCGUAAAUAAACACGCUUUAGACUUUUUAAAAACUUUCGGUAACAAUACUCGCAUUUUUGUGUUUGUGACAUAUUGUACCAGGGAAAGAAAAUGUCAACUGACGGAAACAAGAAACAAUUCUGGAAAAGAAAUACAGCUAAGGUCCCUGGCAGCAUACAACAUGUGUAUGGUGCUCAACACCCUCCUUUCGACCCUCUUCUGCAUGCUAAUCUAAUCAAAGCGGGCAACAAGCCCCAGAUGACACCGGGAGGGAAGCCAAAGAAAGCCACCACCUUCCAGGAGUUUGAGAGCAUCACCAGCGAUGCCUGGGACGUGGGGGACGACGACGACGAGCUGCUCGCCAUGGCUGCACAGAACCUCAACACCGAGGUCGUCAUGGAAACCGCCAACAAGGUGAUCGAGAACCACAGCAAGCAGCAGGAGAAGCAGAGACAGGACGAUGCCGACGCGUCAGAGCUGGAGGACCGAGAGGAAGAGGCGCAUGAGGAAGAGGUGGAAGAGCAGUGGGAGGAAGGGGAGGAAUCGACCCCUGAGGUGUCGUUUGCUUGUGAGCCCAGCCCGCUCAGUGAUGGCAGACUGGUGAAGUCACUGAGUGAGGCCCCCAUCGGAUCACCUAAGGAUGCGUCGCUCCACAGACAGCAGUCCCUGCCCCACCGGCCCACCAUCCCCAUGGUGGCUCGUAUAGCUGACCAGAACACCUCCGGGACCCCAGCCAUGACAGAGAGGGAGGCAUCCCGCCUGGACAAGUUUAAACAGGUCCUGGCUGGACCCAACACUGACCUUGAGGAAUUACGAAAGUUGAGCUGGUCUGGAAUUCCGCGCCAGGUUCGUCCAAUCACGUGGAAGCUCCUUUCGGGUUACCUUCCUGCCAACACAGAGAGGAGAGAGAGCACGCUACAGAGGAAGAGACAGGAAUACUUCGGUUUCAUAGAACAGUACUACGACUCGCGCAACGAGGAGCACCACCAAGACACGUACAGACAGAUUCGUAUAGACAUCCCCCGGAUGAGUCCAGAGUGUCUAAUGCUGCAGCCUAUGGUGACCGAGAUCCACAUUGACAUACCGAGAACUAAUCCCCUUAUUCCUCUCUUUCAACAAGCUUCUGUCCAAGAGAUCUUUGAGCGUAUCCUGUUCAUCUGGGCGAUCCGCCACCCGGCCAGCGGCUACGUGCAGGGCAUCAACGACCUCGUCACGCCUUUCUUCGUUGUCUACGUCUUUGAGUACAUCAAGGAGGAGGUGGAGAACUUUGACGUGUCCAGCUUGCAGGAGGCGGCUUUGCGAAACAUCGAGGCUGACAGUUUCUGGUGCAUGAGCAAAUUGUUGGACGGCAUUCAGGUACAUGAAUUCUCCUUUCCACUGUUUACAUUCACUGUGUGUGUCUGUACCACGUCCCCAGGAGAGAACGGGUUAGGCGUGUGUAUUUUUAGGUUUUUGGAGUGUAGUAGUUCUGUGUGUACCCAGGUUCAACCUGAGACCGAGCUCUAUACCCUACUGCCAGAUCCAGCCCACGCCCCAUCUGUACACCCUAUCCCCAGACCCAGGUUCAACCUGAGACUGAGCUCUAUACCCUACUGCCAGAUCCAGCCCACGCCCCAUCUACCCAGGUUCAACCUGAGACAGAGCUCUAUACCCUACUGCCAGAUCCAGCCCACGCCCCAUCUUUUAACAAGUCUGUGUGUGUGUGUGGGCGGGUGUGUUUCAGAAACGGUGCACGUCCACAUGCAGCAGUAUGAAGUGGAGUAUCUCCAGUUUGCCUUCCGUUGGAUGAACAACCUGCUGAUGAGAGAGCUGCCGUUACGCUGCACGAUACGCCUCUGGGACACCUACCAGGCUGAACCUGAGGGAUUCUCUCACUUCCAUCUCUACGUGUGUGCUGCUUUCCUGGUACGAUGGAGGAAAGAGAUUCUGGACCAGAGAGAUUUCCAGGGUCUGAUGAUUCUGCUGCAGAACCUACCCACCAUGCACUGGGGCAACGAGGAGGUCAGCGUGCUCCUGGCUGAGGCCUACAGGCUGAAGUUUGCCUUCGCUGAUGCCCCCAACCACUACAAGAGAUGAGUGUGGGCCCCUGACAGCUAGCUACUUGAACCCCUGACAGAGGCCCCCUGGUGGACAGAUGGAUGGAUGGAACCCCUCCUUGACUUUCUUGUCCCUCUGCAGUCCACAACCGUUGCUACUCGUAGAUGAAAACAAAAGCGUUUGCGUCACAAAUGGCGCCCUAUUCUCUACAAAAUGCAUUAUUUUUGACCAGAGGCCCAAGUAGAGCACUAUGUAGGGAAUAGGGGGCCAUUUGGGAAGCCAUUGCUUCUUGGUAUGUGUGUACCGUUCUAACCGACUGUUCUUCUUGACUCCUCUUCUCUUUGUUCUUAACCAUGAAAUUACAUUUGUGCAACACUCCAACAACAUCAAUGCCUGUCCCAUCGAAGUAGACCCCAACCAAAACAGACCUCCAGUCAGUGUGGUAGUGCAGAUCUAGCUGCAGACCCAUGGAUGACUGUUCUAGACUGUCCUGUACUGUUUGUCUGUGACUGGCCACCGUCCCCAAGGAACUCAGACCUUCUCCUAGAGGCCCAGUCACAUUGAGUGGAUCUCCACAGCAGGCGCAACAUGUCCCGAGACCUAAUGAAUGAAUUGUCUGAACGAACCUUGUUUGUGUGUGUGUGGUGGGGGGGGGCGGCAGAGAGAGGUCUUUUGUACUUGGUUGAUAUGUCACUUUUAAUUCCUAAGGAAACUGAGGACACAUGUCGUCAUUCUAGUCAUUCCUAGCUGGCAUCGAGCUCUUCUUUCGUGUCCGUGCUUUCAGUUCAAAACAAGCAGUCAAUCCCCCAGAGACAAGUAGGUUUUUGUUCAAAACAGAAACACAUUCACUUAAAAGUGAAUAAUUAGAUCAGGAAGUAUCUUAUUGUUAUGAAUGAUUUCGUUCUGACUCUGACAUGGUCCGCAGGGCUGGAUCUAAUGAUGUGUCUAACAACACUCUCUGAACUAUAUUAUGUAAGAUAUGGAAUAUUUGUCGGUUGGCUGAGGGAGAGAUGAGUGUCGCGUGACUCUGCCUGACGUACGAUCAUCUCUGAACUACCUAAUUGGUACUGCACCGUGCAGUGGUGAGCAGUCACCUUUUAGGCCAGGAGAAUUCCUAGUGUGGUCACAUGGCCAGAAAACUCGUACCCGUAUGUAUACGGGUUGGUAAUGGCAGAUUUGGGCACUAAUAAACAACUAAAUUGUAAUGCAGUGGCUGUACAGUAUCAUGUCAGCACUGUAUGGGUUUUGACUGACGGACAUUCUGAACUUGAGCACCUCGCGCGACCUUGUUGUGAAUGUGUUUUCAGUCAAUUUACCUGGUAAAAUAAAAACCAAAAAAUAUAUACUUUUUUUUGUUGUCUUGAGUGAGGGAAUUGCUGUACAUUUUGAAAGAUGAGAAAUACCGCUUUAAUGUCAUAAUCUUGCCAAACACCCAUUAGUCCAAAUGUGCACUUCACACUUCCAUAUCAUAAAACUCAUGUCAUACAGUGUCAACAUUUCUGAUCACUAUGUUUGAUAUACACUUACAAGAUGAUGUGGCGUCAUACACUGGGUUGUUCUGAGCCUAAUAUUUGUCUGUUGUGAAGAAAAUUUGCUGCGGCACACGCACCUGAAUGCACUCAAGACUCCGUUCUAUGUGCACCAGGAUUAUACAUUGCAUUCUGAAAGCAAGUAACAUCUUAUUUUAUAACUUAGCUAGUCAUGUUGGCAAUAGAACAAGCUUUCACAUGACGCCCACCUGACCCAGAUUGCAAUUUAUAAAUGGACUGUUUUUGGAUUGCGUUAACAACAAUAGUAAUUGUGUAAUGAUGGGGAUGCAGGGUUGUGUUCCAAACACAAGUGUAUUUGUGCUAGUUCCUCAACGGCACAGCUAGGAGAAGCUCAUGAAAGGCACCUUAUAGUUGAAGACUCUGCUUUGAGUCAUUUAAAGUGCUUUGAAAUAACCUAGGAACUAUGCACACUUUGGAGAGGUACAUGGCCACAAGGAGACACCAGUUAGUCCUCUCACUCAAACCCUUGUCAUUUGUUUUGUCUUAUGUUGCACCUACCACACAUUGUCCAGGAAUGUACUUAUGUUACUGAAUAUAUCCAGAGUAUUUUCGGAUUUUAUCAACAAAUGCAGCGAAAGUACAGUAAAUGUAGAAGGCACAUCAAAUCAAGUGUAAUCAUUUCCCCAUAAUCUCAUAACUGUUCCCUUUCAACUGCUACCAUGGUUAUGCAUAUGCUUUUCAUAUUUCUUCUCGAAGAAACAUUUCACGUUAGCCGUAUCCAUAUAGUCAAAUUUCCAUGCGUGUACAAAGGGUUAAAAAAUACUCCUCAAAACCCAGAAGUAGGACCAUGAGUUUUGUGGUCAGAAAAAAACUUCUGGACUACGACAAUUUGUAACUGAUCAUAGCCCAGAACUAGGGCCCAUUCAGUUAUUCAGUCUAUUCAGGAACACUGACUGGGGAUGUUAGGGUGGAAUACGUUAACGCUCUCCAUUUGCCUUCAUUUGACUGCUUAGGGUUUUUAUUUGAUGUACCAAAUUGUGAUUAGUUUGUUUUUACCUGGUGUAGAGCCCUCAAACACAACUCUGGACUCAACCCAGUUCCACUCCUAUUUUUCAUUGUUCCCCUCUAAUCAGGGACUGAUUUAAUCCUGGGACAACAGGUGGGUGCAAUUAAUUAUCAGGUAGAACAGAAAACCAACAGGCUCCGCGUAGGUCAAGAGUUGUUAUACCCCUUGUGUAGAGGGUGGAUAUACGAUGUAAAUUAGACGUUGAAAUAAUAUUAUGUACCACUUUUAUCGUCAAAAACAUCCUGCCAGGUAACGAUGAAGACCAAUCAUUGUUGCAUGAACUCCUCAAUGGUGUGUGUGUUUAUGUGGGUUGGGAGUGUGUGUAUAGAUGGGGCAGCUUAAUACUCUGUAUUUGAACCUCCUAAACUUCUUUUGAUCAUGUCCGUAAUGUUUUUGCGCUCCAGGCCCAAUUUCCUGUUCUCACAUUGAUUAGAAACUUUUUAAAAACUGCACUUGAUAAAAGUACAUUUUCUUCCCUUUUUUUAUACGAAAUAUAUUAUUUGGAAUCAGCUUUAAAAGAAACAAAUGUCUCUCUCUCCCUUUUUUUUAUAUAUAUACUGUUUACAUGAGCCUAUUAAGUUGUGCCUAAUGUAGAGAUAGCAGAUGAUCAUCAUAGAUAUUUAUUUUACCUUAAUUUAAGCUCUGCAAAUGAAACGAGAAUGUUUAUUCAGUUGAUGCACUCACACUCUGUGUUUGCUAAGCCAUGACAGUAUCUGCAUCCAAAAUGGCACCCUAUUCUAUAUAUAGUGCACUACUUUCGACCAGAUCCCUAUGGGCCCUGGUCAAAGUAGUGCCCGAUAUAGGGAAUAGGGUGCCUUUUGGGACGCAACCGAUGAGUCCACAGAAUCACAUCAGUAAGUCUAGCAGCUGCCUUCUCUGGUGUCCUUAUGUGUUUCAACUUGGUUUGAUGUACCGAACAACCCUUACACACACCUUCGGUAAAAGUCAAAAGCCCCGUGUUGCCAUGGUUACGGUGGUGACCAGGUGUCCGUCCGCUGGCUGGAGGCCUCGGACACACACACACACACUGGACGUUGCAGUCAGCAUCUCAUGGGGCAUGACCUAACAUGUUUGGUCUGUCUCCUAAAGCCUUUUUUGGGGGGGUUGUAUUUUACUGUUGCUCGGUUUCUUUUCAGAGAUGUUCAAAUGUUUCUGACCAAACUAAGACUGGUCCUCUUUCCCUUCUGACUAAGACAUGUGAAAGUGUGAAUCUCAUACAGUGGGGAGUGAUCGUGAUUUUCUUUUCUUUUUUUUAAAUCCGUGUACAAAGAAUGAAUUUUGAAACAAAGAUCUGUAAAUAGAAAAGUGUAAAUAAAUGCUAUAUAUGA